AUGACAUUACCCGAGCUUGUGCUCCGAUUCCACAACUGGAGACACGGCGUCGCCAAGCACCAGGCCACCGUCCGCAAGACCGACCGCCCGCUGCGCGCCGGCGCCCUCUCCGCCGCCUCCAUCAACUGGAUGGCCCUCUUCGACCCCGUCGCCAGCCACCCGGACAUUGUGCUGCACGCCGUCGCCGCGCGCUCCCUCACCCGCGCGCAAGCUCAGAUUGACCAGUACCGCCUCGGCCCGGACGUCCUCGCGUGCGGCUCGUACGAGGCCAUGCGGGCCAAGCUCUCCAUACAGCCGUCCCCGACGUCGGCGAGGGCGGUUGAGUGCUCGCUGCGCUGCGACCGGAGGCAGCCGAAGCCCUGGGGCGUGGUGCCCAAGAUCCGCUUCGACACGUUCGUCGGCGCGCACGUCGGGCAUUCCAUCGUCGUAAGACGCAAGGACGAGCAGGGAAGGUGGACGGGCCAGGAGGAGACGGUGAGGCGCUACGAGGGCGGCGAGCUGGAGGCGUUUGUGAGGGUGGUGAGGGCGGCGGAUGCGGGGGAUCGAGAGGCGGCGGAGAGGUUUCGCCCGUGGUGCGGCUUGGAGGAGAGCAGGGCGGUCAUCGCAGUGGUUGAUGCCAUCUACGACAAGGCUGGCCUGCCGAGGCGCUAG